AUGAACCAGACAAAGGUCACCGGGGAGGACAAACCCACAGAAAGGGGAGCGGAACCAGUUGGAGCAUCACAGCUGGAUGCUACCACUAGCGGAACAAAUGAACAGGAUAAAAACGUAAACCUGGCUCAAGUGGAAGAUGGAAACACAAAGGUCACCGAAGAGAACUUGGCCGAACUGGGACUGGAUGACCUUUCACUGAACGAUAGGACUGCAGGCGACGACCUUUGGGCAACUCCAAUGGUCUCCGAUGAAUCGAACGAGUCCUACUUCACGGAUGAUGAAGCGACGAUGAACAUGUCCUUCCAAACCGCGAUGAAGGAAGCCGACCGCGCUGAAGGUAUGACACGAUUUAAGGACAUACCCGAGCACCUUAUUGAAAGGACACAAACUGGAAAGGUCAUCAAUGUUAGACCGCCAUCACCGAACAGCCCCACGUCAACUCUCAAGAGACGCGUGAAGGAGUUGGAAGAAGAACUCGAAGCCAAGGAAGGCCUAGUGACGAAGAAGAAACAGGAAUAUCAAAAUCGGAUAGGAUCUCUGGAUGCUCGUAUUUAUGAGCUGGAACAACAACAGGUGGAUUUGGAGAGUGCAGCGGACGAAUGGAAGAUCAAAUACGAGCGUGAAAAAGAACUCGCUGAAGAGUACUUGAAAAUGGUGGAUGACAGAGAAAUGGAAGGUCAUCUUGCGGUCAGUGACCUCAACGAGAGCAUGUCAGAGGAAUCAGCCGAAAGGUCACGGCACUUAGCGGAAUUGAAGGACGAAUGUGACUCACUGAAACUUAAGGUCACCGAAGCGGAAGCCAAGCGAGACGAAUACGCGGCCAAACUCGUCGACGUGACCCAACGAUUGCUGACAAACACUAACGAAGUGUUUAAGUUGAGAAAUGAAUUGAAGUUACGGGACGAGAACAUUGGAACCCUUCAGAAAGAAUCACAAGAUCAUCAGAAGAGAGCCGAUGACGCUGUCAAAGUGGCUAAGGACCUGAGGGAGCUCACAGCCACUGAAGGUGUGAGGUUGAAGAAUGAAAUUAAGCAGGUGAUGGAAGAGAACAAGUCGUUGAAAGAAGAUGUUCAAAAGGUCACCGAAGAGAAUACUGAGUUGAAAAAGACUGCUAAGACAAUUGCCCAGCAAGGCAUGAGGUGGGAACACGAGGCACACCUCCUGGAUGAAAAGGUCACGGUACUUGAAUUGAAAGAUAAGGAGUGGCAACAAUCAGUCCACCAGAAGACGCAGGAGAUUAUCAAGCUCAACACGGAGCUGAUUGAUAUGACCCAAACGGUGAUGACAAGAGAAGAUGAGGUCACCCAGACGAAAAACCAACUGAAAGCAGCAGUUGAGGAAUACACGAAGCUGGAAAGGGAUGUGACCCAGUUGGCGGAACACAUUAAAAAGGUGGAGAAUGACACUGAAAAGGUCAUUCAGGAGAAGACUUUCCAACUCCACCAACAUAUGUUAAAGGUCAAGGAGGAGAAUCAGAACUUGAAAACGGAGAAAGAGGAAGUCCAGUUGAAAGUCCGUCGCCUUGAGGAUGAGAAUAAGGCGCUUGUUAUGUCUAACAAGCACAAAGAUGAACAGCUUCUGCAAUAUGGAGUCAGGACUUCAACAGUGGAGUCGCCCCCGCCCAGUUACAACCCCCCAGCCGGCAGGAGCGUCCAAGGAAAUCCCGGUAUGGAAAGGCGAAACGAAAUCAAAGUGAUGAUGGAAGUAGCGAAGAAGAUGACGACCAAAGAGCGGAAAAUACAGCCGUGCAAUUGA